UUAUUUUCCUCGUCUUUUUUUUUUUGUCUUCUACUCGCUUGCUCGCUCACUCAGUGACUCACUUUCUUCUUCUCUGCUUCAACUUUCAUAAAAACUGAAAUAAUAAAAUAAAAUAAAAACAGCUGAAAUUUCUAGAUUUUGUUUUGUUUUCUCUAUGCCAUGAAGAACUUCUCUUCAUCCUCCAACCACCGUCACCCGCCGCCGCCGGGUGGCCAUAAACCGUACCUCCAGCGCCAGCACCAACAAUCUAGCUACCAAAACAAGUUCCGUCGUGUACCCAAUUUUCAGGCUGUCAACAACCAAUACUACCGCCGCCGUUUUCUGCCGCCAGCAUCCACCACCGAAGGUUCCGUCAACUCCAACGCCCUUCACCGCCCAAACUUCAUAAUUCAACUCCUCCAUGACUUCUCCUCCUCUCCUUCCAAACCGAACAACCUCCAAACUCUUAUUUCCCAACUCGACCCAUCCCCCCAAAACUCUCACAUUUACACCACUGGUAAAAUCGCCGCUUCCCUAAUUUUCCAAGAAUGGAGCAAAACCCUCUCUUCAGUUCUCCAUUUAUGGCGUUCCCGCCUUGAUGGGUCCAUCCAUUACACUCCCAAGCUUAUUUCCAACGUCAUCGUGCCUUCUGACCUGGUGGAGCUCAAUCAAAACCUUAAAACCCUUUUCUCGAGCCAUAUAACGGGAUUGAUGGAAGGGGAACUGGUUAGGAAGUGGCAGAAAAAAAUCAAUGAAAAAUCCGAUGAGAUCGCUGACUUGUCUGGACAAAUGGGUAAGAGGAAAUAUUCGCUGGGAAGGUUUUAUGAGUUGGAUGACAAGAAGAAAGCUUUAAAGGCGGAAAGGUCUACGAUUUCGAAGCGGUUGAAGGAGUUUAAGGGAGGGAUGAGGAGCUUGUUGAGGUGCUUGGAAACUGGGGAAAUUGGGAAUGAGGAAGGGGAUGAAGGUGUGGAGGUUUAUAGGGUUGAAGGAGAGCUUGAUUGGAAGCUAAUCCAUCAGCUGAUUUUGAGGGAAUGUAGAAGGUUGGAAGAUGGUUUGCCUAUUUAUGCUCAUAGGCAAGAAAUUCUUACUAGAAUACAUGGUCAACAGGUAACGGUGUUGAUUGGAGAGACUGGUUCAGGAAAGAGCACCCAGCUGGUUCAGUUUCUUUCUGAUUCAGGAAUCGCUGCAAAUGAGUCAAUUGUAUGUACUCAGCCACGAAAGAUUGCUGCCAUCUCAUUAGCAAAAAGAGUUAGAGAAGAAAGCAUCGGGUGCUACAGUGAUAACUCAGUCAUUUGUUAUUCAACAUUUUCAUCCUCUCAGCAGUUUCAUUCAAAGGUGAUAUAUAUGACUGACCACUGUUUACUGCAGCAUUAUAUGAAGGAUAAGAAUUUGUCCGGCAUUUCUUGCAUCAUCGUUGAUGAGGCCCAUGAAAGAAGUCUGAACACUGAUCUUCUUUUGGCAUUGGUUAAAGAUUUACUUGGCCGAAGAUUUGAUUUAAGGCUUGUAAUAAUGUCUGCAACAGCUAAUGCCAAUCAACUGUCAGACUACUUUUUUGGGUGUGGAAUCUUUCAUUUGGAGGGUAGAAACUUUCCUGUUGAUAUUAAGUAUGUUCCUUGUGCAACUGAGGGAACUUCUGGUUCUGGUAUGGUUGCGACAUAUGUUUCUUAUGUCUUGAGGAUGGCUGCUGAGGUUCACAAAACAGAGAAAGAAGGGAAUAUUCUCGCCUUUUUGACUUCCCAGAUGGAAGUAGAAUGGGCUUGCGAUCAUUUUGAAGCUCCAAAUGCCAUUGUUUUACCAUUGCAUGGAAAGCUAUCCUUUGAAGAGCAAUGUCAUGUUUUCCAGAACUACCCUGGGAAGAGAAAAAUUAUUUUUGCAACAAAUAUUGCAGAGACUUCACUUACAAUUCCUGGGGUCAAGUAUGUAAUUGAUUCUGGUAUGGUCAAGGAGAGUAAAUUUGAACCUGGAACUGGGAUGAAUGUUCUAAAAGUGUGCUGGAUCAGCCAGAGUUCUGCUAAUCAACGGGCUGGUCGUGCUGGGAGGACCGAACCAGGAAGAUGCUACAGACUAUACACAGAAAGUGAUUUUGAGUUGAUGACUUCUAAUCAGGAGCCUGAGAUUUGUAGAGUUCAUCUUGGUAUUGCAGUUUUGAGGAUCCUUGCUUUAGGAAUCAAGAAUAUUCAGACUUUUGAUUUUGUUGAUGCGCCUAGUCCUAAAGCCAUUGAUUCAGCAACUAGGAAUCUUAUCCAGUUGGGAGCCAUUGUGGAAAAGAAUGGUGUUUUUGAAUUAACUGAUGAAGGACGGUACUUGGUAAAAUUGGGGAUUGAGCCUCGUCUUGGCAAACUGAUUAUCAGUUGCUUUCAUUGUGGCCUGUGUAGGGAAGGCCUUGUUCUUGCUGCUGUUAUGGCAAAUGCCAGUAGCAUAUUUUGCAGGGUGGGAAAUGAUGAUGAUAAAGUCAAAGCUGAUUGUCUUAAGGUGCAAUUUUGCCACCAGAAUGGUGAUCUCUUUACUCUGCUCUCUGUGUACAAGGAAUGGGAAGCUCUCCCUUCUGACAGGAAAAAUAAAUGGUGCUGGGAAAACAGCAUAAAUGCUAAAUCAAUGCGCAGAUGCCAAGACACCGUAACCGAAUUAGAAAUUUGUCUAAAAAAGGAACUUGCUGUUAUUAUUCCAAGUUACUUAAUAUGGGAUCCUCAUAAGUCUACUGAGCGUGAUAAAACAUUGAAGGCGAUUAUACUUUCCUCCCUAGCUGAAAAUGUAGCCAUGUAUUCCGGACAUGAUCAACUUGGUUAUGAAGUGGCAUUGACCCGACAAUAUGUUCAGCUGCAUCCUUCAUGUUCAUUGCUGAUAUUUGGUCAGAAGCCAAGUUGGGUUGUUUUUGGUGAACUCUUAUCCAUAACUAAGCAGUAUUUGGUCUGUGUAACUGCUUUUGAUUAUGAAUCUUUGGCCACUCUGGACCCACCACCCUUGUUUGAUGCCUCUCAGAUGGAAAGCCGGAGGUUGCAAGUGAAGGCAUUGACUGGUUUUGGUAGUACUCUAUUAAAAAAAUUCUGUGGGAAAUCCAAUCAUAAUCUUCGAUCUCUUUCAUCACGGAUUAAGACUGUUUGUAAGGAUGAACGGAUUGGAGUUGAAGUUAAUGUUGACCAGAAUGAGAUUUUGCUGUUUGCCUCAUCAGUGGACAUGCAGAAGGUUCUGGAUUUUGUAACUGAUGUGCUGGAAUGUGAAAAGAAAUGGUUGCAUAAUGAAUGUAUGGAGAAACCUUUGUUUCAUGGGCGGAGUGCCUCACCAUGUAUGGCACUUUUUGGAGCAGGAGCUGAGAUUAAGCAUCUUGAAGUUGAUAAAAGAUAUUUAGCUGUUGACGUGUUCCAUUCAAAUCUUAAUGCCAUCGAUGAUAAGGAGCUGUUGAUGUUCUUUGAGAAACAUUCGAAUGGUGGUAUUUGUUCUGUCCAUAAAUCUCAAGCCAAUGGACAGGAAAUUGACGACAAGGAAAAAUGGGGCAAGAUAAUGUUCCUGACUCCUGAUGCAGCCAGAAAAGCUGCUGAGCUGGAUGGGGUUGAAUUUUCCGGCUCUGCAUUGAAGGUACUUCCUUCACAGACAUCCUUUGGGGGUGAUCAUAAGAUGUUCUCUUUCCCUCCUGUCAAAGCAAAACUUUCUUGGCCUCGUAGGCUCAGUAAAGGGAUUGGAAUUGUUAGAUGUGACCGGCUUGAUGUUCCGGACAUUUUGUAUGAUUUCUCAAGUCGUCUGGUAAUAGCAGGAAAAUAUGUUAAUUGUGGAGUUAGCAGGAAAUGUGAUGAUUCUGUUGUUAUAUAUGGAAUUGAUAAAGAGCUUUCCGAAGCUGAAAUUUGGGAUACACUGCAUUCAGCAACAGAACGGGAAAUCCAUGAUUUUUUUAUCGUGAGAGGAGAUGCUGUCAAAAAUCCAACAUGUGGUGCUUGUGAAGAGGCACUCUGGAGGGAAAUAUCCCCCUUUAUGCCUAAAGGAAAUCCUUAUACAAACUGUUGUUGGGUUCAGGUUUUUGAGCCUGAACCAAAGGAGACUUUCAUGAAAGCAUUGAUCACAUUUGAUGGAAGAUUACAUUUGGAGGCUGCAAAAGCUUUAGAACAGCUAGAGGGUAAAGUUUUACCUGGAUGUCUUUCAUGGCAGAAGAUAAGAUGCCAGCAACUGUUUCAUAGUUCUAUUUCCUGCUCCUCCUCUGUCUAUGCUGUUAUUAAGAAGCAGCUCGAUUCUUUGCUAGCAAGCUUCAGACAUGUAAAAGGUGCAGAUUGCUUCCUGGAGACAAAUGAAAAUGGUUCCUGUCGAGUGAGAAUAUCUGCCAAUGCCACCAAAACCGUGGCAGAGUUGCGACGGCCGGUGGAAGAGCUAAUGAAUGGUAGGACUGUGAAACAUGCCAGCCUCACUCCUUCCAUACUGCAGCACCUGUUCUCUAGAGAUGGCAUUAAUCUAAUGAGAUCGUUGCAACGAGAGACAAGAACUUACAUACUUUUUGACCGGCAUAGUUUGAAUAUAAGAAUCUUUGGCUUGCCAGAUGAUGCUGCAGUAGCCCAGCAAAAACUGAUGCAAUCCCUUUUGUCCUACCACGAAAGCAAGCAGCUUGAGGUCCGACUUCGUGGUCGGGGUCUGCCUCCUGAUAUGAUGAAGGAGGUGGUUAAGAAAUUUGGGCCAGACCUUCAUGGCCUCAAAGAGAAGAUACCUGGGGCUGAAUUUACACUUAACACCCGACAUCAUAUUAUUUCGAUUUGCGGUAACAAAGAGAUGAAGCAAAAGGUAGAAGAAAUCGUGCUCCAGAUUGCAGAGGCAGGCAGAGAUUUAGCUGUGAGAUCUGAUAGUGAAGUCAGCUGCCCCAUUUGCUUAUGUGAAGUAGAAGAUGGCUACCGGCUCGAAGGAUGUUCACAUUUCUUUUGUCGUUCGUGUUUGGUGGAGCAAUGCGAGUCUGCCAUUAAAAACUUGGAUAGUUUUCCAUUAUGCUGUGCUCAGCAAGGUUGUAAAGCUCCCAUUUUGCUUACUGAUUUAAAGUCUCUGUUGUCAACUGAGAAGUUAGAGGAACUCUUCAGAGCUUCAUUGGGUGCAUUUGUUGUGUCCAGUGGGGGUGCCUAUCGGUUUUGCCCUUCUCCUGAUUGCCCCUCUGUUUAUCGUGUUGCUGGUCCCGAGACUGUCGGCGAGCCAUUUGUCUGUGGAGCAUGUUAUGCUGAGACCUGUACUAGGUGCCAUCUGGAAUAUCAUCCGUAUCUGUCAUGUGAGAAGUACCGAGAGUUCAAGGAAGAUCCCGAUAUGUCUUUGAAAGAGUGGUGCAAAGGAAAAGAGCAGGUGAAAACUUGCCCCGUAUGUGGAUAUACAAUUGAGAAGAUCGAUGGGUGUAACCAUGUCGAAUGUAAGUGCGGGAGGCAUGUUUGCUGGGUUUGUUUAGAGUUCUUUAGUAGCAGUGAUGAUUGUUAUGGCCAUUUGAGAGCUGUUCACAUGGCCAUCAUCUAGUUUUAUAUUAUUUCUUACAUUUUGACAAUAAUUCAUGUAAGUGGAGCGUCAUGUAUGUGUAUAUAUAUAUAUAUAGGGUUUUAUGCA